AAAGUACGGAGUAAAAGAUUGGUCGGCCAGUGUGAGUAAAGAGUUGUGAUUUGGAGCGUUCUAUAUGAAAAAGAGGGAACUUAUUGCGAAUUUAUUUGAAGCAUGCAAUAAUGGCAAAUCCUUCACCCAAUUGCAUUCUGAAAUCGUCAAAACUGGCCUCAUCCGCGACACUUUCAUUGCCACCAAACUUAACGAGGUUUACUGCAAGUACACACCUCUCAGUAGUGCACGCAAAUUGUUCGAUGAAACGCCUCACCGGACUGUACAUAUCUGGAACUCCAUACUCAAGAGCUAUUAUAGACAAAAGCAGUAUGCAGAAACUAUGAUUCUCUUUUCUCAUAUGGUAUCUUCUGAAAAGCCCGACAAUUUUACUAUACCGAUUGCUGUCAAGGCAUGUGCCGGGUUAAGAGCGGUCGAGUUUGGCAAAAUGAUUCAUGCGUUUGUCAAGAAGAAUUACAUGAUUGAUUCAAACAUGUUUGUUGGGUCGGCUCUGAUUGAAUUGUAUACCAAAUGUGAACUGAUGGAUGAUGCUUUGCGUGUUUUUGAAGAUUUUGAGUUUUCUAGGCCGGACACUGUUUUGUGCACGACAAUGGUUAGUGGGUAUGAGCAGAAUGGUGAUCCUGAAGAAGCGCUUGCAUUUUUCACCCGAAUGGUGAUGGUUGAGCGCCUUAGUCCUGACCCAGUAACACUUGUCAGUGUUGUUUCCGCUUGCACCCAACUAUUGGAUAGAAAGGCUGGAAGUAGCGUCCAUGGAUUUUCGAUUAGGAGGGGGUUUGAUACUGGUUUGUCUUUGGUUAAUGCUUUGUUAAAUUUUUAUGCAAAGACGGGUUCUGUUAAUGCUGCAGCUAAUUUAUUUAAGAAAAUGGGAAGAAAAGAUGUGAUUUCGUGGAGUUCUAUGAUUGCUUGUUAUGCUCAUAAUGGGGCUGCUCCUGAAGCAUUAGAAAUUUUCAAGGAGAUGAUUGAUUUAGGAUUUGAACCCAAUUCAGUUACAACAAUUAAUGUACUACGAGCAUGUGAGUUGACUUGUAACUUAGAAGAAGGUAAGAAGAUCCAUGAACUUGCCGCUCAGAAAGGGUUUGAGAUGGAUGUCCUGGUUUCUACAGCUUUAAUUGAAAUGUACAUGAAGUGCUCUUCCCCUAAAGAAGCCGUUGAUCUCUUCGAACAGAUGCCCAGGAAAGAUGUGGUUUCUUGGAUUUCUUUGUUAGGUGGAUAUGUUCAAAACGGAAUGGCAUACAUGGCAAUGGGAUUAUUCCGGGAAAUGCUAUCCAAUGAAAUUCAACCCGACUCUAUUGCUAUGGCAAAGAUUCUCACCGCUUGUUCAGAAUUAGGAAUUCUCCAACAAGCUUUUUGCCUUCACGGUUAUGUGGUUACGUGUGGCUUCAACAACAAUAAUGCCUUCAUCAGGGCUUCGCUCAUAGAAUUAUACUCUAAAUGCGGUAGCUUAGGUGACGCUGUCAAGGUUUUUGAAGGAACAUCUGAUAGAGAUAUUGUCAUUUGGAGCUCAAUGAUUGCAGGUUAUGGAAUUCAUGGUAGAGGAGAGGAAGCACUGCAAUUGUUUGAUCGCAUGGUUAAUAUUUCAGCAGUUAGGCCUAACAACGUUACAUUCCUUUCUGUUUUAUCUGCUUGCAGCCAUGCAGGUUUGGUUAGAGAAGGGAUUGAGUUGUUUGACAUGAUGGUGCAUGAAUAUCAACUGAAUCCUGAUUCAAAGCAUUAUGGGAUUAUGGUUGAUCUGCUAGGCCGCACUGGAGAGUUGGAUAAAGCCAUGAGCAUUAUUGACCAGAUGCCAGUACCAGCUGGCCCCCAUGUUUGGGGAGCUCUGCUUGGCGCGUGUAGGAUUUACCAGAACAUCAAGAUGGGAGAGCUAGCGGCAAGUAAUCUUUUUCAGUUACAUCCUAAUCAUGCAGGAUAUUACAUUCUGUUAUCAAACAUUUAUGCUGUUGACGGAAAAUGGGAUGAUGCAGCAAAAAUAAGAACUUUAAUUAAAGGGAAAAGGUUGAAGAAGAUCUUUGGGCAAAGUGUGGUAGAGGUUAAAAGUGAAGUCCAUAGUUUCGUGGCUAGUGAUAGAAUUCACCCAGACUCUGAACAAAUUUAUGGGUUGUUGAGAAAUUUGGAGGUGAAAAUGAGGGAGGAGGGUUAUGUUCCUGAUGCGAAUUUUCUGCUGCACGAGACGGAUGCAAUUGCAUAGUUUGGAAGUAUGGAUGUGAGGAACCAUCCAAUUUAUGUGGGGGUUUCCAAAUCUAUCCUCAAGGAUUUGAACUGAUUGAUGGACAUCUGACCCUCUUGUCAGAUCAGAACCAGUAAACUCAAUUUCUAUUCAAACAUGGGUUUGAUUUACAAUACAUUUUUCUGAGAAGACAAAACUAGAAGCUCUCAUUAAAUUCACAUCUCAUUUAUUGGUCAAAGGUGAACUGAAAGCUAAGCACUGGUUAUUCUAAAGAUUCCCCAUGGGAAAAUUGAGUUGAUCAGAUUCUGGUCGAAGAAAUUUUGUGUGAAUUUGGCAUAUAUGAAGUCAGCUUUUUUAAUGACUUUGAAGAUCAUCUAAGCCAAAGGAAAGAUACUCCAGAAAGUAGAGAAACCUUCACUAAAGGCAACCAUUGGAGGAUUUUUUACUACAAAAGUCUGCUGGGGCACCCUUGGGUUUCUCUUGACCAUGGUGGUCUAUAUGUGGAGAUUGCAUACCUAUCACUUUGAAAUCAACAUGCUCGGCCAGUUGAUAAUGUGGAAAGGCAAUACAAUGAAAAUUCAUUAAUUUGGACGUUAGAAAUAAUACAUUAACUGAUAUUAGUUGGAUAUUUUAUGGAUUGGGAAACACAGUUUGCAUAUGAUGUUACGCAGAGAGCCCACUUCCAACUUCAGCAGCACCAGAUUGAGAAGGACAAAAAAGGUCCUUCGAAGAUCAUUGACGUUUCUUAGAGAGCCCAUUCUGGUUGCAGAAGUGCUCUGUAGAUUAUGGAUAGCUGAAUUAAUUGCCAAUAUGUAAAUCCAGGUAAAAUCCCUUUCUCCUUUGCUCUUGUGCUGUCACGUGCAAGAUUUAUUUGGUUUUGGUGCUUACCUCGUCAUCUGAUCGUAUCAUGCAGAUUCAUUCUGUUAAAAAAAUUUAUGUCAUAUGGUCAUUCCUUGAGAUAAAUUUGAUUUCAAAUUCUAGGGCUUGUUGCUAUUGACUGAGCCAUCACCUUGAAAGUAGUUGCGCCUUCAUUGAAAAAAUGCUCUUUUAUGGAGAUUAUUAUGCCAGUCAAUCCUCACAUGGUGAUAAAAGAAGAUUACAGCUUUAGUGGUUUACAUGCUUAAAUUAGACGGUACUGGGGCAUGGAUGUUAGAUCCAGAAGGCCAGUCCUUGACAAACUUCUAAUCUCCAAAAUUUUGAAAUCAGCAGAUCUUGUAUGUCAUUGUUAAACCAGAUGGUCUUUUGUUACAUCUAUCUUAUAAUCAUGGUUUUAGAAAUCUUAUGUAAUACAUAAUAAAUAGAAGAUAACAGCUUUGUUUGCUUGAUGUCUAACUAUCAAUAUUGGAGAAUAGAUUAUAUGGCUGUUGAGUAUGUACUUGUAGCUCUGUUUCCUCCUAUACUCUCUCUUAAAAGAGUCGUUAUUUAGGGUUCAUCUAUUUAGACUGCAACAAGUGCCCACUUGGGUUCUCCAAUCAAUUUAUUCUUCUUUCCACCAAUUUCCUUAGCAAACUAAUUGUGCCCACUUUUAUUUCGUUUGCAAGUAUUGAAUUGUCGCAUGGGAUUUGGAAGUGAAGAAGAAUUUAGUUUAAAAUUUGAACUAUUUUCCCUCCAAUUUAAUGCUACCAAACAGAACUUUUUAUAUAUUUCUUAUAUUGCUGUCACAAUUUGCACAUAUAUGUGUAAAUGAAUGAUUCCCACUUGAGACAUGAAAAGGGUUAUGUAAGGGUAUGUGGCUAUGAUGACCUAGGGUAUUUGGCAACAUCCACCCAUUGGUUUUCAUAAGUUGAAUUUUGAUGCUUCCUAUAUUGCUCAAUCUGGAGAAGCUGCAGGAGGAUUUGUUUUGCAAAAUUCAGAGGGGUGCAUCGUCAAAGUUGACAUCUGUUCAUUACCAAACAUGACUUCUGCUCUUAUCGCUGAAGCUACAACAGCUAGGAAGGCUAUUAAAUGCAGUUUGGAGUGGGGUUCUACUAAAUUGAUUAUCGAAGGUGACUGUAAAGUUAUAUUUGAAUCUAAGAGUCUUCCAAUCUGUAUUGCUGCUAUUUGGGAAGAUAUCAACCUUAAUGCUUAUUGGGUUUGUAGGAAAGCUAAUUCACUAGCUCACUUAUUGAGUCAUCAAGGAAAAUGGUGUUAAAAUAUUUAUGAUAAUGUUUCUGGAGUGAUUCUGGAAGCACCUUUGAUGAAUUGUAAUCAUGUGUAAUUUUUCUCAUCAAAGAAAUUUUCUUUCUUGCCUUGAGUUA